UUCCGGUCGGCGGAGCCUAGAGGCCUGAGCGGAGUCGGCAGAGCUGUGGGGAUGGCUGGAGCCGGGUGUGAGGUGCGCUUUGCGGGGCUGUCGCUGGUGCAGUUGCACGAGCUGCUGGAGGACGAGGCGCAGCUCGGCGACAUGGUGCGGGGGAUGGAGGAGACACAGACUGUUCAGCUCAACAAAGAAAUGACGCUGGCUAGCAACCGGAGCCUGGCAGAGGGAAACCUUUUGUAUCAGCCCCAACUGGAUGCUCGGAAAGCACGUCUGACCCAAAAGUACCAGGAACUCCAGGCUCUCUUUGAGGCCUAUCAGAUCAAGAAGACCAAAUUAGAUAAACAGUCUAACAGUGCAUCCUUGGAGACUCUGUUAGCACUUCUUCAAGCCGAAGGGGCCAAGAUUGAGGAAGACACCGAGAACAUGGCAGAGAAGUUUCUGGAUGGAGAACUCCCUCUAGAUGCCUUCAUUGAUGUCUACCAGAACAAGCGGAAGCUGGCACACAUGCGACGUGUAAAAGUUGAGAAGCUUCAAGAGCUGGUGCUGAAGGGACAGAGACUCCCACAGGCCGGGGCCCCACUGCCACCCAGGAUGCCUGAGCCUUUACCUGCUACUCCUCUGUCCUAUCCCUCUCUGGAGGCCAGUGGACCCCCCUCUGUCAUGCCACGGCGCAUCCCCCCACCUCCACCCCCAGUGCCUGCAGGACGCUUAGCCACUCCAUUCACUGCUGCCAUGGGCUCAGGACAGGCUGUUCCAUACCCAGGAUUGCAGUGCCCACCUCUGCCCCCCCGGGUGGGCCUUCCCCCUCAGCAAGGAUUCUCUACACAGUUUGUGUCACCAUAUCCACCAGCCCUGCCCCAGAGACCCCCACCACGGCUGGCUCCACACCAGCCAGGUUUCAUCCUCCAGUGAGCUCCAGUGCCCAUUCUUCAUGGGAGGUGCCCUCUGCCUGCCACACCAGACUCUGCAGACGGAGGCUCGAGGUCCGGUGGCUGGGCCAAGGGCUUAGGUGCCGUGAGCCAGUGUGUCCAUCUGAUUUUAGAACUGUAGGUCAGUGGUAAGUAAUAGAGACCAGGUUUUGUGCACCAAGGGUGUUGUGUGUGUGCCAGGUCUGGGCCAGGCAUACCUAUUCGUUGUCUCAGUUUACGUUCUGGGUGUGAUUUCUAAGUAUUGUAGCAUUGACAAACUCAUGCAUUUGGGAAGAUAAACCACCUCCUCUACUCCAUUUAGAACCGUGGCCCUCCCAUUGCAGCUUUAUUUAAUAAGCAUGGUUAUUAUAUGUUUUGUUUUCAAGUCUUGGCCUACCAGCUGCUGUGGCUCUGGUAAAGGCUGGUCUAUACUGGCCAGCCUGGAAUGUGUGCCUAUGGCCAGGCCAUGAUAGGCAACUGUGCUGCUCACUGAGUCAGUGCCAAGCAGGUCCUUAACAGUUACACACACCCACCUCCACACCCACCCCAUGGACACGUCUCAUGUUUCAGAGCCACAAGCAAAGUUUGCACCCAGCUUGCUACUGCACCCAGAGGCCAGGAGUUAUGGCCCUGUGUGUAAUGAGACCAGUGUGAGCUAGUAGCACACUGUCCCCAGCUCUCCCCUCACACCUUGAGCCGGCCCCUGAUGGUUUUUGUGAAAAAAUGCUCUCAGUAUUUUUACAAAAUAUGUAAUUUUCCUGUUUUAUAUUUGGAAAGAAAACUUUUUAACUCUCUCAGUACCUUUCAGGGAAACUUUUUUAAAAAUGCAGAUACUGUUUUGAGCAGGUUAAAAUGCAGAUGAAGUGAAUGCAGCUUCCUCAUGCAAGCAGUGCAUUGUCACAUCUGCGGGUGCCCGUGCUGUGCCUUAGCUUCACUUGGUGCCAGGACUCAGAUGCCAUGGCUGCCCUGUGGGGUCCACAGUGUAGGCAGGGUCCCAGCAGUCCUACAUUGCCAGAUGGGCUCAUCCAAGUUCAUUGCUUUGUGACAGGUGGGAGAAAGGCCCACCCACCUUCAACCAGGAUACUCUCAGGCAGGAUUCUCUGCCACUCACUGGCUGGCAUCUGGGCCUCCGGGCUGGCCGUGCUGCGGGUGUUGGACAAGGGCAUGGGAGGGGUUGGAGUUGAAGAUAGCCCACUCUCCAGGAUCAGCAGUAGCAGCUCCUUCCUCUCUGCGAUCUCAUCUGCAGGUGCCAUGUGUGCAGAAUUCCCGGGGCCCAGCUGGGGGAAGGGCAGCACCCACACCUCUUUACAGAAAAGGGCCCCACCAAUGACCAGCUGCCAGCUGGCUGUAACCCCAGGUGACAGAGUAAAGGCAGAGCUGAUAGCCUGUCCAGCUGGGCCAUAGGCCAGGCUACCAGCCUUUGUCAUCAAGUUCUCUACUCCUGUUCUUGGACUUGAACUCUACCCUAUUGUAACCAUUUUGUAAAGAAACAAAGCUGUUUGGGAUGAUUCACUACCAUGCCAAUUAGGUGGGCUUGCCACGGUCUCUGAACCUCAAGCGAGUGGUGCCACCCUCUCCUGGAUACCUCUGCCACUGCCUGCUGUCAAGAACGCCAACCAACCAGUCACAAGCUGCAGCCAAAUGGAGACUCCGGGUGGAUGUUGUGAAGGGGCCUCCAGGCUGACCUGCCGUCACUACCCAGGGCCAUGUCUGGCACUGGGGUUGUAAAGUUGUAGGACUCAAUAAAUUGGGAUUAUUAAUUUCA